AACGAUCAUAACCUCUAAAUAAAUUUGCACAAAAUGUGAAAUUAAAUUUUUUGAUAUUGUUUUAUUAAUAAUAAUUGAAUUCACUUUAUUUAUCAAUUGGUGAAGUCCCAUUUAUAAAUAUAUGAUUAAGAAAUGUGACUCAACGAUAAGAUAAAAUGUUUUAAAAUUUUAGGUUAGAUUUAGUUAUAUGUAGUAUAGGUUAAAAUGAGUGAAAGUAACAACGGUAAAGAUACUAUUAAGGAAGACUCAAAUAUAGAGUUAAUUCGAUUACUAAUUGAAAAUGGCGUCAAACUUAACGCUGAGGAUUUGCUCGAAGAAGAAACACCACUACAUUACGCCGCUAAACAUUCAAACAUUGAGAUGGGAUCAUUACUAAUUAAAAGUGGAGUUGAUGUUAACGUUAAAGAUAAAAACGAUGCGACACCUUUACACCACGCAGCUCAGUGUGCAAACAUUGAAUUUGUUCAAUUUCUAAUCGAAAAUGGUGCCGAAAUUAACGCAAAAAAUAAAAACCUAGAAACACCUUUACAUCGUGCCGCUAUCUAUGAAAAAUUUGAAACGGGGUGUUUCCUCAUUAAAAAAGGAGCUGAUGUUAAUGCAGGAAACAUUUAUAAAUACACCCCUUUACACUUAUCCACUUCAAUCCCAAAUUUGGAGUUGAGUCGUUUCUUAAUUACGAAUGGUGCGGAUGUUAACGCAAUAAACGACUUUAAAUUUACACCCUUACACUUUGCUGCUGUUUCAAAAAACUUAGAACUUGGGUUAAUCUUGCUCAAAAAGGGGGUGGAUGUGAAUGCUAAAGAAGAUUAUGGAAAAACCCCAUUUCUUAUUGCAUCCAAUGAAUUUAAAAACUUUGAAUUCGCUCGAUUUUUAUUUGAAAACGGAGCCGAUAUUAAUAUUAAAAGUGACGAUGGAAAAACUGCUUUACAUUGCGCAGCAAGAACGAAGAAUUUAAAAUUGGCCCAAUUGCUUGUUGAAAACGGGUUGGAUGUUAAUGCUAAGAGUAAUAAGGGGAGGACUCCUCUAUAUUAUGCGAUUCGAAAUUGUAGGUUUAUUGAUGAAAAAAUGGAGAUGUGUAAAUUUUUAGCUAAAAAUGGGGCUGUUUUGUAAAUAAAUAAAUUUUAUUACACUUGA